GCACUGCGCCCGCCCCCUCCGGCCUGCCUGUCAAUCACAUCACUGCCCCGCCCCUUCACUGCCUGCCUGCACGUCGCGCAAAAAAACAGCAGCGGCGGCCGUUGGGGAAAGAGAGUAAAUAGAGGGAGAAGCCUCAAGAUGGCUGACUCGCUGGGCUCCGCUCACCUCACCGGAGCUGCCGCCGCCGCCGCUGCUGCUGCUACUACGGUAGCCCCGGCGGUCGCCUCCGUCAAAAGCCCGCUCGUCAAGCCGAGCGAGGGGAAGGGAGCUCCAGACAACCGCUCUCAGUCUUCCCGGGAUUUCAACCCGCCGCCGCCGCCCAAGAAGGUCCGAGUCGAGGAGAGGAGCGUUAAACCCAAGAAACUCAGCAGGGAAGGGGGAGUGGGAGGCAACAUUAGCGGCAAAGAGAAACUCCAGCAGCCGACGAAGCAGCAGAGUUAUGGCAGCAGCGCGGCUCUGUGGAGCCUCAGCCCGGCCAAGACGAGCGGCAGCAACCCUCCGGUGCCUGCUACCGGUGGAGCCCAACCACCGACAAACACACACAAAGUCUUCAAACAGAGCGACUUCUUCCUCCACAAAGCGCCUUCCUGCUCCAGACCCAAGAAACCGAAUAAAGAUAAACAGCGGGAGAAGGAGAAGGAAAAGGGGAAAGGAGGCGGAGAGGAGAAAAAGAAACAUAAACUGUCGGUGACCUCGUCCGGACCCGGGAGUGCUGUUAGCAACAGUAACAACAACGAUAUCAGCAGGUUUAAUAACUCUUCUGCGGCGAAGAGAGAAAACGGGGAGGUCAUGUUGCUGCCCAAAGAGCACUCCAACAAGGACAAGGCAAAAGAGAGAGACAGAGAGGAGAGGGAGAAGAAGGUCAAAGACAGAGAGAGGGAAAAGGAGAAGAAAAAGCACAAAGUGGUGAAUGAGAUUAAGAGAGAGAACGGCGACGUCAAGCUGCCAAUUAAAGAUGAAAAAGAGAAAGCUAAGAUCAGCUUGGAGGAGCUGCAAAUCAAAAAAGUGAAGAAGAAAAAGAAGAAGAAACACAAAGAGGGCGAGAAGCACAAACGAGUGAAGAUGUACCACCGCUCCUGCCAAACUAUAUGUGCUGGCCUCCUUCUCCUCCCUCCAUCUUCUCCACCCUCCAACCCCCCUCACAACUCCUCCCUGUCUCCAUUUAAGUCCCCUCUACCAGUUUUCCCACCGCCUAACAACAAAACUGCACACCUCAUGCCUUCCUCCCUUCCCGUUGCCUCCAAGCCUCUCUUUAACUCCUCAAUCCACAACUCCAUCAAGAUGCCACAAUCCCCUUCGAUCAGACACCAGCAAUGCAGCUACCCUGGCAUGGCGGGCCUAGAGUUUGCCCCGUACAUCCACAUAGAGAACCAGCCGAACGGAGGGGCCCUGGUGGCCCAUGCCUACGCGUCCCAGCUUUCGUCUCUCUCCGCGGGCCAGAGGCAGAGAUUCGCCCAGGAGUUUGUCACCUUGGCUUUCAGGGAAGACUCAUCGCAGGCAGCACACUACGUCAUGGGGAUUAUCCACGGGGAAGCCGGCUACCUACCUGACUUCUUGGACUACUUCUCAACCAAGUUCCCCUCAGCUCCUGUCAAAAUGGAAAUACUGGGAAAGAAAGACAUCGAAACAACCACUAUGACUAAUUUCUACUCUCAGGUGAAGAAGACGUACAGUAACGGUACAUACAGAGCCGGGGCCAUGAGACAGAUCAGCCUGGUUGGUGCCGUUGAUGAGGAGGUCGGGGAUUAUUUCCCAGAAUUCCUUGGCAUGCUGGAAGAGUCGCCCUUCCUGAAGCGGACUCUUCCUUGGGGAACGUUCUCCAGUCUGAGGCUGAUGAAUCCCACAGAGAGCGACGAUGGUCCUAUUAUGUGGGUCAGACCAGGAGAACAGAUGAUACCUGUAGCUGAUAUACCAAAGUCCCCUUUCAAAAGGAAACGCUCCACCAACGAGGUUAAGAACCUACUGCAGUCGCUGCCCAGGACCAGCGAGCCCAGAGAGAUGCUGUUUGAGGAUCGGACACGGGCCCACGCCGAUCAUAUCGGUCAGGGCUUUGAACGUCAGACCACAGCGGCAGUGGGGGUGCUGAAAGCUGUACGGGCAGGAGAAAGCUCGGAUCCUCCUCGUGUAACCAAAGAUGUCGUGUGUUUCCAUGCUGGCGAUUUCCCUCAUGUAGUUCAGAGGCUGCAGUUGGACCUUCACGAACCUCCUCUGUCUCAGUGUGUGCAGUGGGUGGAUGAUGCCAAACUAAACCAGCUGCGUCGGGAGGGCAUCCGCUACGCUCGCAUCCGUCUCUGCCAUGACGACAUCUACUUCAUCCCCCGCAACGUGGUCCAUCAGUUCAAGACCGUGUCGUCCGUCUGCAGCCUGGCCUGGCAUGUCCGCUUAAAACAGUAUCAUCAAGGAGAGGGAGGAGAGGAGGAGGAGGAGGAGGAGGAGGAGGAGGAGGUGAAGGAAGAAGAAGAAGAAGAAGAGGUGAAGGAAGAAGAAGAAGAGGUGAAGGAAGAAGAAGAGGAGGAGGUUGAGUUGCAGGAAAAAGAGAUGGAAGAAGUGGAGGAAAAAGGGGAGGAGAGGAGAGAAAAGAAGGGUGAGAAAGAAGUGAAGGAGAGGAUAAAGGAGGAGGAGGAGGUGGCAGGAAACAGGACGUUGUCGGUUGUUAAAAAGGAGGAGCAGCAUCCACCUCUCUCCUCUCAGCCUGUGCACUCAGCGGACUUGAACGUGAGCAGCGCUGGAGACAAAGAGGAAGAGGUGGAGAGGGUUAAAGCUGGGGAGAAACCUAAGCAGCAGGUUUCACCUCCUGCAAAGGUGAAAGCAGAAUUUCCUGCUCCUCCUCCUUGUAGGAAUAAAUCCUCUUCACCUCGCCCUCCCCAUCAGAACACAAAACCCAAAUCAUCAAAGCACCAUCAUCACCACCACCACCACCAUCACUCAGACAGCAGGAUGACGUCUUCCAGUACAACUUCCUCCUCCUCCUCUUCUUCUUCUUCAGUUCCUAAGUCUUCCUCUUCUUUAUCGCCUUCUCGACGCUCCUCUCUAGCUGCCUCCACUCCUCCAUCCUCUACCUCUACCCCAACCUCCACUGUAUAUUCCCUGAUGAGUUCCAAGCCUGCAGUGGAGUCUUCCUCCACAGUCCCUCCUCCAGCCGUGUCUUCAACGUCUAAGCUGCCUUCCUCCUCUAAGUCAGACAAGCAGAAGGACAAAGACUUUAUUCGCGUCCCUUCAGCACAGGCGGAGGUUCGGGCGCCACACGGGUCAUCUUCUGUUGACAUACAAGCCGACACGCGGACACACAUGGUAGCUCGAACGCCGCCAGACUCGUGGACGCUCCAAGAGAAAUGGACUCGCGGCACAGACUCCAGAACGUCUGCGAAUCAGAUACAUCCGCUACCUGACUCCGGGAGACAAGGAAUUUACAUGCAGCAAUACACCCCCCAGCAUCUCCCCCCUCCUCACCUCCCUCACAUGCUUCCCCCCUCUUUCCCCCCUCUCCUGCCACACUCUCAUCUCCCUCACCAGCCUCCGCUUCUCCCCCCGACUACCUCUCUCCCUUCACAAACUAUGAACUCUUUCCUCAGUCAGAAACCGCCGCCCCAUUCACUUCACCUGCACCAACCGAGCAUCACCACACAGUCUCAGUCGUACUACCAGCCUCCCCCCAGCACCUCCCAGUCUCUCCCUUCUCACCUGUCUCACCAUCACCCCUACAUCUUCCCCCCUCAGCAUCCCCACUUCCCCUCUCACCAUCCCUUCCUCCCUCCCCAGUCUUUCCUCUCACAGCCGCCACCCAGCUCGUACCCAAUGCCAUACCAAACGUCAGCGCCGCCUUUCCCUCACCCGCCGCCUCCCCCUUCCUCCUCGCCACCUCCCCCUCCUCCUUCUCUACCACCGCCUCCUCCCCCUCAGCCUUCCCCUUCUGUCCUCUCGCCUCCCCCGAAGCAUGAAGAGGAGCAGAUUUUAUAGUAGUUUUUGUACAUAGGAUGCUGUUUUUAAACGACUGUACAUGUACAAGGUUUUAUUUUGGUUGUGUUGUUGUGAAAUAAGGAGGAUGGUGGGGGAGUGUUUGAAGACAGUAGUUUAUAAAGCAGAGUUUAUUUACUCCAGACCUCUUGACCGGACUGGUUUAGAUUGUACUGGUUGUGCUUGGGUUAAAAAAUAUUGAGAACUAAUUGCAUUUAUUGGUAGUUUGAGGAAAACUGCUGGCUGGUUCUGUUGUUUGAAGUGAGCAUAACCCUCAAAUAUCAGAAUAUCUGUGAGCCGUCACAGUAAAGAAGGAAAAAACAGUUUCUUCAGACUUUGUGUCACGUAUUUAUAUAAAAAAGGUCUUGAUGACGACCUUUUUGUGAAACUUGCAGCUAAUGCUUCCAUUUUUGUGGCUUUUUUCUAGCGUAUUCUUUGUGCCCAAGACUGUUUCUGAAAUAAUGAUGGGUCAAUUCAGAUUUUACACAGUACACUGAUGUAUUGACGUGAUGUCGCUACAUUUCCUCCAUUAUAUUGUAUCGAUACAUCUUUAUCAAUACAAUAUAUCGUGGUACCUUUCCCUUAUAUUGUAUUUUGAGCAAUAAUGCUCUGCAAUAAUCUGCUGAGUUUAAAUAUAAUUGUUUUUCCCCAUUAUUAAUAUGGUGACGAGAAGUAUCAGUAUUUUUACUCUGAUUUCAAAGCUUUUAAAAAGCCGCUAAUGUCCGAUUAAUUCAUUGAGGAAUGCUCAAAUGUAAUUAACAAGUGACUUUUCUAAAGAGUUCCAGUGUUAUGUUGUCCAAGAAGAAUAUUAGUGCCACUAAACAAAAGGAAACCCCCAUGUCAAUUAUAAAUCAGUAUGAUAAGCUACACUACAAUGUAAAAUUAAAGAGAGUCACAAUUUAAAGCAAUAGUUUGACAUUUUGGGAAAAGCAGUUUAUUUGCAGUCUGCCCUAGAGGUAGACAUGAAGAUUGAUGUCACAUACAUCUCUGUAUAGUAAAUGUAAAGCUCCAGCUAGCAGCUGCUGUGCUUAGCUUAGCUUAGCAUAAAAAACUGGAAACACUGAUGUCCACUGUAAAUUCACAAAACAAAUGUUUGACAAUAAUUCAAUAACUCCUUCUCUAAUUACAGUGUAAUAACACAUAGGAUAUGAUAAACCUACAUUUUAUAUCCAAAAGAGCAAAACUCAACUUUGCUAUGAUAUCAUAUAAAACACCUUUCUGGCCAAUAUUUAAUGCCAGAUUGUGAUGAAAUUUCACAUUUGGUCAGAUCCUGAAUUAUUGACUCUAAUCUGGCCUUGAAACUGUGGAGACUGUAUAGACUGUCUGUGCUCCGUAGUUGAAGAUGUUUGUAAAGCAUCUACAAUUUGCAAUUUGCAGCUUUUUCACGUUCUGUUGGAAUCAGCUUUAUUGGCCAAGCAUGUGAACACAUACAACAAAUUUGACAUUAAUAGACAUACAGCAGUAGUCCAACACAAGCUCAUUACUUUCGCUGACAUAUAUUACAUGACUCUGGACAGACAUGGAUUCUUGCAAUUCUUGUUGUUUUUGUUUUUGCUAAGCUAGGCUAGCCUGAAAGGUAACAAUAUGUUCCCCAAGUGUCGAACUACUCCUUUAAAGCUUUGCGAAUAUUUUGCACCCGUAGCCCUCAACCCCUGUGGCAGAGCUCUAAUUGUAAUUCAGCUGUGAUUUUCCAGUGUCUGGUUGAUGUGUACCGGGGGUCUCCUAAUGUUGGAAACCGAGCACUUGCUGGUCAGCCAAGGAAGAACUUGAUCCAGCCAAGGCUGCUACACAUGCAGGCCUUCAGAGUCUCAGGAAAAAAAAACACAUUCAGGACACAUCCACUAAAAUAUUGGUCUCAUUAUAACAAGAAAAUCCUAAAUUUUAGUUACCUUGUCGACUUUUAGGUAACGAUUCAGGUUCACUGAAAUAUUCUUCAUCCAGUAGCUUUGCAGCUACAUUAAGAGCUUGCCAUGAGUUAGGUCUCACAGCGUCUGGCUAAGAAUGACAGAGCAAUAUCAGACAGAUGCAGGUGCAUAGACUUCCCAAAUGUGACUCAUUACAGCACUUUGUGACAUGGAUACAGUCAAUACUGUUGAAGAUACUUAAUGAAUCCCAGAUUAUGUUAUUUUGUUAACAAUUUCAGGUUCUUCCAGUUCUAUUCCAUUCAUCAUUCAGGCCUCAGCACUUCAAUGAUACACUUUUUUUUAAAAAUUAUUAUUAUUCUUAUUGUGCUUCGAGACAAACAGAAGGUACACUGUUGAGAGUUCAUUCCCAAAGCACUAUUUAUCUAUUUACCUGAAGUCCAGUUUCUCUACAGUGUGGAGCAUCAUGUUUUAUUAAAUGUUUUAUUUAUCGACCAGGGACUGGAGUGAGCUCUUGUGUUUUAAAAGUACAAUAAAUUAUUAACUAUGAAGAGUAUAUGUUUCUCUAAAACGGUGAAUAUCUGAUUUUAGAGUUGACCCACAGUUGUGGGGCUUUGAUGUUGACAAGAAAAUUGAUGUCUUUGGUUUUAAUAUCAAUAUUGGAGAACAAGCCCACUUGCUAAUGUAGCCCACAACGUUUCCCCAGUGCCUGUCUUUAACUGUGAACUACUAAAUGGUCCCGAGCCAUGUAGAUGAAGAGUUCUGUCCUUUUUUAUGGGUGGUUUAGGAGUCCCAUUUUAAAUUUUUACUGGAAAAUUAAAGCAAAUAUCUGCGGUGAGAUUUAGAAUUCCAGUCCAGCCUGGAAUAGCUUUGAAAAAAUGAAACGUGAAAAGCCUUCAGCUCUCUUCAGGACUUCAUUUCAGAGAUGGAACUCUUCACUUCAUGGCUUUGGGGAGAGCGAUGUGAUAAUGAAGCACUUGAUGCCGGUUGCAAGGCGCUCUGCAGCUCUUUUUAUGCUUUUGGGUUUCAGAUGUUACAAAAAGAAAACUGACAGGAACUUAUAUAUUUUUUGUACAAAUGUGACAGAAUUAUGGUCGAAAACAAAAUGAGUCUUCAGGGGCUGCUGUUGUUUUCACAGAGUUUAUUUAUCUCAAGGUUUUUGGUUUGUUUUGUUUUGAUGGUUUUUUUUUUCUAUUUUGUUUCUGUUUUUAACUGUCAGCACUGUAGUGUACAUAAGAAGUUUUGUAAAGAGGAAAAAAACUUGUAGUGUGGUUUCUACUUUAAAUAUGAGCCUAGCUAAUAAAAGGUUCAAUGUAUGAAAAGUA